AUACUUUCAGCAUAAUAUUAGAGACCCAGUCGAGUAAAAUGGUGCUAACUAUAACUCAGGUCAACCUCCACCAUGUACUUACUCGCUCCAUCGCCCACAACCUACAACACAAAAACAAUAUCACCAUCACCUACCUAAGGUAUCAUCAACUUUUUUUUUUUUUUCUUCUUCUUCUUUUCUUCCACAGUAAAUUAUUUAUCUUUGCAAACUUGCGCAAACUUGCUCCAUCACUCCCAUGUCCGAAAAUCAAUGCCGCACUCCGCAUCCAUUUGACUAAAAAUACAUUUUUUUUUUUUUUUUUCCUUCAGGUGGUCCCACAAUGCCUCCGAAACUCUCGAAAAGUGCCAAACAAGCUUUGAUAGUCUCUCACCUUCGCGCCACGCGCACAUGCCACACGCUCAAGGACUUGGAGAAGACGCUCCCGUCCGUGGCCUCCAUCAACGGGAUGCAGGUGAAAGAGUACAUCCAGGAGCUAACGGACGAGGGCCAGAUCUGCGUGGAGAAGAUCGGCAGUGGGAAUUGGUACUGGAGUUUCGGUGGAGAUGAGACCCGAGCGCGGGAAGCGCAGCUGGGUCUCCUGUUGAAGGAGGUGGAGCGGGCCAGGGGGGGUUGUGUGCAGGUGGAAGGGGAGUUGAGGCGACGCAGAGAGGAGAAGGAGAGGCUGCCAGAGGGCCAUGAGGAAGCGGAAGCCGACGAAAGGAAAGGAUUGGUGACGCGGAAGAGGGAACUGGCGCUGCAGCGAGAUCGCUUGCAGGGGCAGUGGACUGCGGCCUUUACGACUGGGGAGGGGAAAGGGAUCGGCCGGAUGAGGCAGGAAGCGGUGGAUUCCCGGGAAAAGACGCUGGCGUGGACUGACAAUAUCUACGUGUUGGAGGAGUAUGUGAGGAAGCUGGCUGGGGGGGAUCGAGAGGUGGUUGAGGCGGUGCAGAGAGAAUGCUAUGGGGAGGAGUAUGUGGAAGGAGAAGGCUUGAGGGAGUUGGAAUGAAAAGUUGACGGUCAAAGAAAAGAGUCCAACUCCACUCCACACGACAAUGAAAAAAAUAUCUCUCUGUUUGUACGGAGUACUUGCACUAGUUGACGCCUAGUCGAAUC